UGCUGAAGCUCAGGUUUGUACUGAUCCACAGAAUGUCUGCAAACUUCAGCAUUUGAGGUCUCUAGGACUCCUGUCUGACACAGAGUGCAGGAGUAAAGGAGACCCGGAUGCCAGUGGAAACCAUGCGGGGGAGUAUCUAUGGUCACAUGGCCAUCGGCUAUCUUUCUCCUGACACGGUCUCUCUGAGAGUCAGUCAAGCACGUCAACUAGUACCUUGUGGAGUCAAAGCAGAGGUGAAAGGCCCCCAGAGCCAGCACAUCAUCGUAGCUGUGAUCCUGACCAAGCUCUUUUCCGGCUGUGAAAUCCCAGGCCACAUUGCACAGGAUUCGAACCGUGUUCUUUGCCUACAGUCCUCAAAAAUGAGCGAGUAGAGAGCGACGUGCACGAAUCUGAUAUCACCCCUUUCAAGGAGACAGAUGGACGAAAGAUGUUCAAUGGAUGAAAGGAGAGAAUUGCCACGGCGUAAGGUUGCAUUAACCCUGGGAGUUACAUGUUUUUUCCUCCUGCUGGCAAGCACAGGCUUGAGAUAUAUGCUUUUUUAUAGGUAUUCUGGUGCCACCAGGCAGGAUAUGAAAAAAACAGAAGAAAAAAAUGCUUCCUUAGCAGAAGUUGGAGAUCACUCAAUUCACUGUAAUCAAUUCAGUACAGACAAUGACACAUUUCAAGGAAAAUGGUACUGUUGUCGAAAAAGUUGUUACCACUUUUCAAAAGAAGAGGAAACUUGGGAGAGGAGCAAGGUGGCAUGCCAAGAUCUGCAGUCUAGUCUCGUGAAGAUUGAUACUAAAGAGGAGCAAAUCUUCAUUCAAUCAAAAAUAACAUACAAUUAUUGGAUUGGAUUAAAGGUAGGACCCAAGAAUCCCCGAAAGUGGCUGGAUGGCUCAAUCGUAUCUCAGAGUCUGUAAGUUUUUAUUUCACCAUCUUCCUGCCCUCUUUCCUGCUCAGUAACUGAUUGGUAGAUUAUUGGUGAACAAGAGGAACAGAUCCUUGGGGACUUAGGGAAUAUCUUUAAUUCCAUUUGAUCUCGCUUCUUAGAUAGGCAACUGAAUGCAAAUCUGAGACCUCAGUAGACCCAAAGAGCAUGAUUUAUUCCAUGUUCUUUAAUGGAGGGUCCUUCCAAACACAGUAAAAUGAUAUUUUGCUUUUGUAUUUUUCUCUUGUAUGUUCUACAGUACUAGCAGGUACACAUGUACGGUUGCAGGAAAUGUUAAAAAUACAACAAGGAAAGAAAAGUUGUAUUUAUAAAGCCAGUUCUCUCUGGAAGUGACAUCUGUACCUGUCUUCUUGGUAUCAUUCAAGAACAACAACAAAAAAAGAGCUUAUCGCAAUAAGUCAUCUAAUAAUGUUGCACUCUAACGUGGUCAUUAAAAUCUUCAAUGGUAUUAUUUAGCAGAAGUCCACAUAAUUUCUGGAAGCUCUGUCUCAUUAGUAAAUCACAUAGAUUUGUUGGUUGAUGUCCAGGAAACGAGUUCAGAAAAUGUAGAAAAGCGAUCUGUUUUAACUGAAUCUAAGUAGCAGGGGGACACCAUGAGAAACAGGCUAUUUGACAUGCUGUUUAUUGAUGGCCCACGAUGUGCGAGGCACCCUUCUAGCCACUGAAGCUAUAGUGGUGAAUGAAACACGCUACAGUGUCCCACCCUUAUGGAUAUUACAUUCCAAUGCAAACAUCAUAGUGCUCUAGGUGAUGAGUGAUGACAAUCCCAAUACGCCAAGUAAAUUACAUGGCACACUAGAGGAUGAUAAAAGCUACGUGGUGGUGUGAGGUCUUACUUUUAGCUCUAUCACAAGAUAUCUUUUGUCUACGAAAUUAAGAGGAAGAGAUUUCACUGCUUUAAAUGCGGUGGUCAGAGACAGACUCCUUGAGAACCGAUGUUUGUACAGUAUCUGUUUUUAUUUUUUAUUUUUAUUUUUGAGAGAGAGGGAGCGUGCAUAAGUGAGCAGGGGAGGGGCAGACAAAAAGGGGAGCAAUAAUCCCAAGUCAACUCCACACUGCCAAUGCAGAGCCCAACACAGGGCUCAAACUCACAAACCAUGAAAUCAUGACCUGGGCCAAAACUAAGAGUCAGAUGCGUAACCCACUGAGCCACCCAGGCACCCCUGUGUUGGUCAGUAUCUUGAAUGAGCAGGGCAUGUGGAUUAGCUGAUACAAAUGCAUCCCAGCAGUAACAACAGCUGUGGUCAAGACUCAGAGGUAGGAGCGUCCUUAGCAUUCCUGAGGAAACAGCAAGAGGGCCUGGGAUGCUGGAGCAAGGGGA